AUUACUUUGAAAAAGUAAACUAAUUUGUUUUCAUGAGUAACGUUAAAGUAGCCGGUAAAACUUGGUCUCGACCUUCGCAGGUGAAAAUAUGGCUGACGACUAUAUACUCGACGGGGGUCUAAGUCAGUACUAAAGGGGAUGGUGGUAGCAGAGGACGUAGGUCGUCGCUACUCUGAUUUUAUUCAAAUGUGUCUUUUAUUAUCAACUUUAUCAUGAAAAAAAUCAUAAUUAUUAAAUUUGUUUCAUUUAUUACUAAAUUUUUCUUUCAAUAAAAUACUAAAAAAGUUUCUUUAGUAUUAAGUGAGUUAUUUUUAAACGUCAUAAAAGAUUGUGAAAUUCAAUGAUUAAAUAAAAAAAACUACUUGGAAUUUAUAACUACAUUCAAAGUUACUUAAAAAUUUGCGUAUAAACGAAAUCGAACCUGGUUAUGAGAAGGCUAAAAUGAUGAAGGGGGACGUGAUUGUGAUUGAAGUUCCAGCGGAUAAUAAUGGAGCGUCUUCCAGCAACAUCGGUGUCUCGGAAGAGAUGGAAACUGAUGACUUUGGUGUGGAAGCUGAAUUGACGAGCUUGUCCUGGCUUCAAUCUCUUGACAUUACCAGUGCCUCUAGCUUGCCGACUCCACCAUGCUCACCAAUUCCUCCGCCUGUGGUGAAACGUCCACCUAAAAAAAUGUCACCGCUUGUUAAAGCUCAGCUUGAUUUAGCUGAUAACGCUGAAAAAUAUCAAGCGGAUCCAGAUAUUAAACCACCAUUUUCAUACGCAACAUUGAUAUGCCUUGCAAUGCGUGCUAACAAUAAUAAAUUAACAUUAUCAAAUAUUUACGCUUGGAUACGUGAAAAUUUUAUUUAUUAUCGACAUGCUGACCCAGCUUGGCAGAACUCAAUCCGACAUAAUUUGUCAUUGAAUAAAUGUUUUGUAAAAUUACCGCGUUCCAAAGAUGAGCCGGGAAAAGGCGGGUUCUGGAAAUUAGACUUAGAGAGUCUGGAAGGGGGCAAACGUACCCGAAGACGCUCAUCAGCGUCGAGGUACAACAAAUUUUCAAGCAGAACAUCGAGAUCAACGUCGUCCGCAUCCGGAUCAAUGACAUCAAUGACUCCAUCAAUUGCAGUAACACCUGGAGACAUAACAACAGAAAUAAUUACAACAAUGAAUUUAAAUGAUCCUCAAAUAACUACUGUGUUUUAUGAAACCCCGCCAAGCAGUGUGUCACCACCGAUACCUGAUUGUUUACCUGAAGUGCCUGAAUCAAACCAAGUUAGCCUUAGUGAAGAUGACCUAACUGGUUUGUUAAUUGCGACGGUCGGCUGGGAUGAGAAUCAACUUGAUCUUCUUGACUCGUUACUGGAUUCACUUUAAAGCUAUUAUUUUUAGUCAAGUUUUUUUAAUCAAACAAUUUUUAUCUAAACAUUAAGAUAACAAUUAAAAAUUUAGAUGGCGUCUUACAAAUUUUUAGUAUUAAUAAGUCGAAUGAUUUCAACUCAAAAUUAAUUAAAUGUGCCUUAAUAUUUGACGAAAUUGAAAGUAGCAAACAUCCGACAAAUUUUUUUUAGUUUAAAAAAACAAUUUAAAUAUUGUAGAAAAAUUUAUGUAACAAACUUUAGAUUUAUUU